AAUUGUCUUUCUCUACUCGUACUGUCCUCAAAUGACUUUCUCUCUGUCUCAACUCUCCCCUCCCUCCCUCCCUCCUUUGCUUCUCUCUAGCUCUGCCCAGUCUCUGUCUCCGUCUGUAACUGUAGCCUGUGUUUUUCUCUCCCUCCCACUCCCUGCGACGUAUAGAUACUGCAUUGAUCAGACACACGCGCGCAGACACAUGCACACACACGCACACACUGAGCCUCCCACUCCUUUCAUCAUUGAUUCGCUCUGCUCUGCUCUUCUCCGCUCUCUUUUCUCUCUCUCCCCAUUCUCUUUCUCCCUCUCUCGCCGUCUCUCUCUCUCUACAGCGGCACUUGUUGAAUACAACCCUUGGAGAAUAGAGAGAGGGGAGAGAAACAGAGAGAGAUAAUGACAGGGAGGCAGAGGGAGGCUUUGAGACAGCGCUCGAACAGACAGUGAGCAGAGAGAAUGGGGCUUUGGUGGAUCUAGAGAUAGAAGAUAGGCUGAGGGGAAGACAGUCAGAGGAAAAGUCAGUCAGACAGCACAGAGAAUCAUCUUUGAGACAGUGGGAAUGGCACUUUAAGUGAAAGAGAGAGUCGACCAGACGGAGUACAUCAGAGUGCUCUCCUUCCAUCUCUAACUACUCCUCUCCUGUCCCGACUGCUGCUGCUGCUGCUGCUGCUGGUGUGUUAGUGUGUGCCAAGGCUCCAUGGUGUGUUUUAACCAGAGGACUGGCUUACACAGGUCAGAACUGUCUGGGAUAACACUGAGCGCUUUUCUCUGCAUUUGUGCAUGUGCGAGAGACUGUUAGCAAGGGGGGAAAGUCGUGUGCUGGUUUCUCCAGAUGCCUCUCUCAGCGGCAGAGUCUGCAGUGAAUAUCUGAAACCCCAUCAUCCUCUUCUUCCGCGGCCAACAUGUCCCAGCUGCUCCAUGUGGAGAUCCCGAACUUUGGAGCCACAGUUCUGGGCUCCCUUAAUGAGCAGCGCCUGCUGGGACAUUACUGCGAUGUCUCCAUCCUGGUCAAAGGUCAGGCUUUCAAAGCCCACCGGGCCGUUUUGGCUGCCAGCAGCCUCUACUUUCGUGACCUCUUCAGCAGCUCCACCAAGAGCCAGUUCGAGUUGCCCUCCUCAGUCACACCUGCUUGCUUCGAGCAGAUCCUCACUUUCUGCUACACAGGGAAGCUAACCAUGGCAGCUAGCGAACAGCUGGUGGUCAUGUACACAGCUGGCUACCUCCAAAUUCAGCAUAUAGUCGAAAGAGGCAUGGACCUAAUGUUCAAGGCGAACUCACCUCACUGUGACUCGCAGACCGCGGGGUCUUUAGAGGAAACAGGAUCCGAACCACAGAGUCCUUGUAAUAACGGUAACGGCCUAGCGGUGGCUGCCCUUUUGGGAACCCAGGGCUGGUCUUCAUCCAUACUCAUGCCGCAACGUAAGAUUAAACUAGAAGGGGGGGAGCCAACGCCCCUGACAGUACCCUCAACGCAAAGCAAGAUUUCGUCCUCGGAGCUGGGGAACCGGCUGAGGGCUAGUUCACUGUUCUACACGACAGCUGGUGGGACUCCCAUCCCUGGUAUGCCUCCUUUCCACCUCCAAGGGGCCGGUGGGGGUGGAACAGGAGGAGGAGGAGCUGAAAGGUCCAGUCCUGGCGCGUCCAGCCUGCCAACCACUGACAGCCCUACAUCCUACCAGAAUGAGGAUGAGGAGUUUGAGGAAGAGCCCUACGAUGGGAUCACAGAGGAUGCCUACAGUCAUCUCUAUGGACGUUCAGCUAACCCCUACGGGAUCCAGGACAAGCCAGAGAUGGCAGCGAUGCCCUUGGCCUUGGAGAGCCGCAACUGUGUGCUGAUCCGCAGGGACCUGGUGGCGCUGCCUGCAAGCCUCAUCAGCCAGAUAGGCUACCGCUGCCACCCUAAGCUCUACACUGAGGGGGACCCUGGGGAGAAGCUGGAAUUAGUAGCUGGUACACAGGUGUUCAUGACUCGAGGACAGCUGAUGAACUGUCAUCUAUGUGCCGGUAUCAAACACAAAGUCUUGCUUCGCCGUCUGCUAGCCACGUUCUUUGAUAGAAACACUUUAGCCAAUAGCUGUGGGACAGGCAUCCGUUCGUCUACUAGUGACCCCAGUAGGAAACCCCUGGACAGCAGGGUCCUCAACGCUGUCAAACUCUACUGUCAAAAUUUCAACCCUAAUUUCAAGGAGAGUGAAAUGAAUGUGAUUGCUGCUGACAUGUGCACAAAUGCGAGGCGUGUCCGCAAGCGAUGGUUGCCCAAGAUCAAGUCCAUGCUGCCUGAUGGCAUGGAGGUGUACCGUGCAGGAAUGGGCAUGGGUGCUGCUGUGGGUCUUGGCCUAGCCCUGGGCGCCCCUCAACCGGGGGUGCCUCUCCCGUUUGAGCCCGACUUCAAAGCCCUAGAGCAAAGGUUGUACCCAGACCGCAAAGACCCUCUCAGGACUCACCCACCGCUGACAGAGGGCAGCCCCGGGUCUGGGGCAGCCGGAGCAGAGGCUGAAGGUGAAGGUGAAGGAGUUGUCCAGGAGGAACAGGAGGAAGAUGAGGAUGAAGCUGCGUUAGAGGGUGUAGACGGAUCAUUGGGGGCGCCAACCUUGAUCCCAGGAGCCGAGGCGGGCAAUUGUGGCGACACGCCGCCUGAGCAGGAGGUGGAAAGUUUUGGACAAGGUCUGAGGGUGAACGGACAGUGAAUGUCCCUCUGGGCUGCCUCUCACAUUGUGAAAUCUGUUUAACACCGCAUUUUCUUUUGCUUGCUCUCUUACUCUAACAUCUCAACCACCACUCUUUCUUCUCCUCUGUGCUUCCUCAACGGGAAUUAUUCGGCACAAAAAGCUGCGCUCGUAGAUCCUGCUAUACAGGAAUUUGUCACACAUGCAUGCGCACGCGUGUGCUCGUGUACACGUAAUACUUACUGAUAGUGGAAGUAGAUCACUCAUAGAAGAAGUAGACACAGGCAUGGCAUUAGCACAUUAAGAAUCAACCUUUUCUGCUCCACCCUUUCCUUAGUAUAUUCCGUAUUUACUCAGUAUUUCGGCACCCGCAGUAAUAUUACAAAGGCCUGGUAGCAGAGCAAAAGGCUGGAAUGAUUCAUCAUUUCGGUGCAACACAAAAGAAACAGCUGCUUCGCUGGCAGUUUAUGGAGUGCGGUUUAAUGGUUUGUAAAAUGAUUCCGUUUUCUUGGAAUGCCACAUCUGAAAAUAACCCGCGUAACCUUGGGAAAAACAGAUAAGAGAAACAAGGCUCUCUUAAAAAGCAGCUUAUUUUUUUAUAUGAUCAAUAUGUACAAAUAUAUAACAAAGACUGUAUUAUAAUUAAAGGUCAAGCAGUGCAUUGCCGCCAUUAAACCCAACAGUUUUCCUUUUUGUCAAAACAUCAUGUCAUUUUAGGAUAAAGACGAGGGAAAGUUUUUCUGUGAAAGCUGAAAAACUUCCCCGCAGUCGAACGAAUAAUCUAUCACAUGGAGUUGUGUUUUCAUGCACAUUCGCCCGUGACGUAUUGGAUUAGACUGUCAAUGUGAUGCCUGUGUCUGCUCCAGACCGCCCACCCCUCCCCAACCACACACACAGAUCCACACACACAAACGUGCGCAUAUCUCUCACCUUAUGAUAGUUAAUAUCUGCACCGAUUGCAUUAAAAACACACUGUCUCAAAAAAAAAAAAAAAUGUAACAACGCUUUUUAACUUUGAGAAAUCCUUUUUUGAUUCCAUCAUUGUGUCUUGGAGAUACAGAGAGAGACAUGAACAAGAACAUGCACUAAAACCCAAGCUUGCAUGCAUGAAUACAAACAAUGGAAGCAGAGAAUUAUUGAAAACAACAACAAAGCCACAAACUUGCAUCUAAAUAAGAAAACAGCUACUGUUGCCUCGAGAUAUGCCAUUAAAGGACUUUUUUCUUUUUUUAAUCUCUCACCGGGAUCUGACCUCAGUCUGACACAUGUUAGAACUGACCUGGGCGUGACCCAGGAUCGACUGUGUUUGACAGAGCACAGAUUGGAUUUUUCUUUUUUUUUUUCUUUUUUAACUACGGAGCGUGCUGUCACCACGGGUAGAGGAGACUGAAUAUAUGGAGUAGUAAGAGGAAGUGCACUACACUGAGUGGUAGAAGAGAGAAGCACUGUUUCACCUUGAUGUGGUGGUGUGAUUGGCACCGAGACUACACAGUCCUGCUUCCAUCCUGUUUUUCUUUUUCCCUGGGGUGGGGGGGUCGGGGGGGUAAAUUAUUGAAUUAAACUUUUAAGAGCAAUUUCUGCUGGCUUACUGCAUUUGCACUCAAGGAAGGGUUAAAGGGUGGAAAUCUAAGGAGCAAAAUGUGACUGUACUAGAGACUCUAAAUGUCCUCUGCAUCACCCUGAUUGUUUGAUGAGGGGGGAUUGUGGGUUUGGAAAGAGAAAAACUGGUCUUUCUGAAGAUUACUGUUCUGUUUCUAUGUUUUGAAAAGGGGGGGGCGGAGUGAGGCAAUGUCAAGCAGGGACAUAAACCUGUAUUUGUCAUGCUCGUUUUCUUUUCUUAUUUGAUAUCUGUUUUCAUGCUUUCUGCCACGCAGUCCUAACAGCCUUCCUUUGUUGUUUUGUGCAUUGAUUUUAAGAGAUACACUGUCGUAUGUUCAAUUUUUUUUCUCUUUUCUGUGUCAAAGCAAAACUAAUCACAAAGUCAGACCAUCAGAUUUAAGGAAUUUAUGAACCUGGACGUUUUCCCACUGCAAAAAUUUACAGCAUAACAACCACGCAAAAAAAUACACAGUAAAUGCCCCUGAUAUAUUUGAAAUGUUUUAAGCUCCAGUACUGUGCCACCUCAAAGGUUGUGUUUACGUAUCUUGUUUCGGAUCCUUUAGGAGAAGCUUUAAGAUGGCCCUGCACAAGAAACACAGGGUUUUAAUUGCACUAGGUGAUGAUAAUUAUAAUAAUAAUAAUGACGUUUACAGUGUCUUUUGUUUCCUUUUGGAAGAAAUGUGAUCCGCCAUAGAUAAAACAGGGCACAUUGAUAGCAUGGCUGAGAUGAUGAAUGAAUGUAAACCGUAGCACUGCUUUGGCGAGGGGUCCAAGCCUUGAUUGAAUAGGUCAAAUAAUCUUUUUUUAUAUAUAUAUAUGUAUGACUCAAUUUUUCCUCAGUUGUACACUCUGAAACAUGGGCCAUAAUAUAACUAAUUUGACUGUGAGGUUGGGUGAUAUUCAAACCUAAAGCUUUAGUGAUUUUUGUAACUGAGUGUGAACAGGUCUUCCAAUGUGGCAAACACCAGGGAGCAUCUCCCGGACGUAUAGAGAAGUGCAGGCUUUUAUAACUUUGUUUAUUCAAGUUUUAUCUUAACAAACUCCUAAUUUUUCCUAUAUUUUCACAGUUAUGUGUGUUUAUGUUGACGUGUUCACAAAGCUGAGAGAUCCUGAAACUUUUUGUAUAAAUGUCAAGACUUGGCAAAUUAUUUCUAUUCUUCAUUUUUAAAUUAUAAAGCCUCAGUUCCUAAAGUUGCUCUUGUAUGAAUAAAGACUUGUUUGUUGGA